UUGCAUCUUUCUCUAAGUACUGCCAAGAUGGAAUCGCAAGCAGAGACUAAGCCUGCCUCCGUGGUUGUGAUUCCUGACAACUAUCAAAGCUAUGAGAUAUCACAUUUUUGUGUUUCUCCAAAGUAUCGGGAUUAUCUGGGCAGUCUUAUGAUUCCAAAUGGCUUGAUCAAGGAUCGCAUUGAGAAGGUUGCCUCCGAGAUUAUCGAGCAUUUCGAAAAGCAAAAGGUCCAACACAUUAUUGCUAUCUGCGUUUUGAAGGGCGGUUUUAAAUUUUGUGUUGACCUUAUUGACGCCAUGGAACGGACGAUUCGCGCUCGUGGGACCCUCAUCCCCAUCUCAACUGACUUUGUUCGAAUCCGUAGUUACUCGAACACCUCCUCAACUGGUUCUAUUACCUUAGCUGGUGUUGAUGAUCCUUCUAUUUACAAGGGCAAAGUGAGUGCCUUUAUAACAUUUUAG